AAUUUCAUUCUUCUAGAGAAAGCACAAGAGAUGAAAGAUCCUAUCAAAUAUGGGAGCCUCAAAUCUUUCAUCACAAUCAUCAUUUAAUUUCACAUUGAGCCCUCACUAAUUGCCCUCCAUAACCUCCUCCCUUCAUCUCGGUUCUUCCAUGGGUUUCCGGGAAUGAAGAGUCCCAUUAAUCGGGCGUUUGCUAAUCUCAACUGAUCACUCCUUUUCCGCUGAUUUCUCCGCGUAUUGAGCACUUUCUUGAAGAAAAUUUCCAAUCUUUCCGAUUCUUGAGUGAUCAAAUGGAAGAAGAAAUCCAAGAACCCAGAUUCUUCUGUAAGUUCUGUAACAAAGCUUGCUCUACUGGGAAGUCACUGGGAGGCCACAUGCGAGGCCAUCUGGGCCUGAUUGCAGCUGCCAAAAAGCAAAAGCUCAAAUCCGAAGCUUCCGGAAAGAAAGAUUUCUUUCUGCACUCCGAACCCAUCUCGGCGAAGAGUCAAUCGAUCGCCAAUAACGUCAAUUUCCAGUCAAAGAACAAUCUUUGCGAGAAAUGCGGAAAAGCUUUCUCCUCGGUGAAGGCUCUGGCGGGUCAUCUGAAAGUCCAUUCAAGAAAAUACAGCAAAGAAGAUGAAGACGACGACAAUGAAGAAGAAGAAGAAGAAGAAGAACAUCAUAUAUGCAAGAAAUGUGGCAGGGAGUUUGGUUCGAUCAGGGCUAUGUACGGUCACAUGAAGAUCCACGCCAAAAGAUCCAACGAAGUGCAAAGCUUAUCGGAUUUGGAUGCCAUGUGUCCGGUUCGGAAGAAGAGGUCGUCAAUAAGGUACAACAAACCCACAAUUUCUGAUCUUGAUGAGGUGAACGAUGCUGCUAUGAGCUUGUUAAUGCUUUCUAUGGGAGUCAGUACCUGGAAUGGGUUUGUUUCUGCAAAAGAGUCACUUUGCUGCAAUGAAGAUGGUGAUGUUUCAGAGAAAUCUGCAGCAGGCGAUGAAGAUGAUGAUGAUGAUUCAGAGAAAUCUGCAGCAGAUAAUGAAGAGAUGAACACUGUUUCUGAAACAGUUAUUGAAGCUGUGAUCAGCAAAUUCCCCAAAGAUCAUGCUUGCCCAAUCUGCUUCAAGGUUUUCCAAUCUGGGCAAGCUUUGGGUGGUCACAAGAGGGCCCACUUUAAUGCAAACAUAGCUGAAGGAGUGGUGGAAGAAAGGGAGAAACUUUCUGAGAUUCAUAGCAUUCUUGAUCUGAAUCUCCUCCCUGUCAAUGGAGUGGCCAUGGAAGAAAGGGUGUGGCUUCAUGGCAUGGACAAGCAACUGCUGGUGAUGAUCUCCAAUUAGAACUGCAUAUGUGAAUCCUUUCUGUUUUCUUCUUUCUGUUUUCAAUCCAAUUAUCAUAGUUCUGUAAAUAUGUCUGCAGUCUCAGUUCUGUUCACCAUAGUGUGGUCUGCAGCAAAUGCACAGUUUAAGAUGCUGGUCAUGGUUU